UUCGCUUCAAGGUUCACGUUUUUCUUGAUAAGACGUUUUACUCUGUCGAGCUGCUUCAUAAACUGCGUAGGUAACGAUAAGCAUGGCAGGAGCCGUCAAGAGGUUUUACGACCUGUCCGCUAAACUUUUGUCAGGAGAGCUGCUGAAUUUCGCCUCUCUGAAGGGAAAGGUUGUGCUCAUUGAGAAUGUAGCGUCACUUUGAGGUACAACAGUCAGGGAUUACACCCAGAUGAACGAGCUGCACACCCGCUUUGGGAAUCAAGGGCUCGUGGUACUGGGUGCUCCCUGCAACCAGUUUGGACAUCAGGAGAAUUGCAAAGAGGAAGAAAUCCUCCUUUCUCUGAAAUAUGUCCGACCUGGAAAUGGCUUCGAGCCCAAUUUCCAACUUCUGGAGAAGCUGGAAGUGAACGGCGAGAAUGCCCAUCCUCUGUUCGUGUUCCUCAAAGAGAAGCUGCCCCAACCCAGCGAUGACCCCGUGUCCCUGAUGACCGAUCCCAAAUCCAUCAUCUGGAGUCCUGUGAAGAGGAAUGACAUCUCCUGGAACUUUGAAAAGUUCCUUGUUGGUCCGGAUGGAGAGCCGUUUAAGCGCUACAGCCGAAGGUUCCUCACCAGCGACAUUGAAGGAGACAUCAAAGACCUUCUCAAGAGAGCGAGUUAAAAUUUGGCUAUCGGCCAUGCGUGUUGUGGACACACAAGAUAGAAAUUAACAGCUACCGUCCAACGUCUAUCUGUGUAGCCGCAGUCUCCGAGAUAAAGAAGUUUUUGGAUUUAGGCUGACUGUGCAGAUACAGUUAUAGUGCAACUGUUUUUUUAAAUGUUUACUUGAUGAAGAUACUUCCUUAAAUCUCUGAGGGAUGUUUCUGAUGUAUUUGUAAAAGUUUAUCAUAAUGGUGGCAAUGUACCCGUGACCUGCACAGAUCUGGUUUUGUCUUACAACUUCAUCAUUAUUAAAAAAAUUAACAUUUCAAAAA